AUCAGAACCAAACAACCUUCCAUUAAUACUACUAUAUCAUAACUCAACUCCAUACACUCCACCAUUCCCAUCUCAUCUAAGCCCAAACGAUCAAUCCCCUCAAAACCCCCCCAAAAAUUCCAAUUUAAAAAAUCAAAAAAUUAAAAUUUAGCUGUUUCGAUCGAAUUUGGAGCUUGAAUUGGCCUUUGGUCCUUCAAAUUUCUAGCUAGGGUUUUGAAUUUUGAGUUUUGAGUUUUCUUAAGGGCUUGUUUGGAUUUUUCGUAAUGGCUCAAUCGACGAGCAGAGGAGGAGGAGGAGGGAGGUGCGUUGGUGAGUACAUGGUGGGGAAACAGAUUGGUUCGGGCUCGUUCUCGGUGGUGUGGCACGCGAGGCACAGGGUUCAUGGUACGGAGGUAGCGAUAAAAGAGAUCGUCACGGAAAAAUUGAGCAAGAAAUUGCAAGAGUCUCUCAUGUCUGAGAUUGAUAUCUUGAAGCAGAUUGACCAUCCUAACAUCAUUCGCUUGCACGACAUCAUCGAGGAACCUGGAAGAAUACAUCUUGUAUUGGAAUAUUGUAGAGGGGGUGAUCUUUAUAUGUAUAUUCAUCAACGCCGAGGAAGAGUUCCAGAAAGCACAGCAAAGCACUUUAUGCAGCAGCUAGCGGCUGGUCUACAAAUCCUCCGUGAGAAUAACUUUAUACAUCGAGAUCUAAAGCCACAGAAUCUCCUUCUGUCCACACAUGAUGACAAUGCAGUCCUGAAGAUUGCAGAUUUUGGAUUUGCAAGGCCCCCUAUUUGAUUCCAAGGUUGGACAGCAAAAAGUGAGCGGGCCCU